AUGAAAGUCCUUUUAGUGAUCUACUUAAUCAUCUUUUUCCCGAAGGCAUCACUAGUGCAGAGCGAGAUUGUUCCGGACUGCGAUAUAGAGUUCGCUUCCUUAGCUAUCGAAAUAAUACGAUCUCAAAUAGGUGACCCCAUUAAACUGAGCCACAUUGAAGCAAUUCUUUCUUCAUGCAACAAGUCAAGGAUGCAAAAGAUGGCAGAGGUCUCUGUGUUUCUGCUCAACAAAGGGACAUUUCCAACACGAGCCAUGGAGGACAUUCAAAAAAUCGGGCAAGCACUGCAGGACGAGAGACAUAUGAGGCUGAAUGAUCUCCGAAAACAAAUCCCACCGAAACUGGCCAAGACAACGAAUGAGGUUACAAGCAUCCUACUCAACAACUCACUGAGUGGAAACGAAAAAGCGCUGAGCCUUUCAAGCACUAUUGGUGCCCUGCCACGAGAUCGCAGAAGACUGUUUGAAAAAAUGCUCGAACAUGAGGCAACUUUCUCACAGAUGAAGCCUGCCUCCACAAAGAUCGACGAUUUUCGCUCAAGUCAAGGCAUCUCAGUUCCAACUGAAUCAAAUUAUACAACCGAAAGCGACCAGAGCACUUCACUUCCCUUUUAUAUAAAGAAGGAUGGAGACGUAGCCGGUGGGACAAGCGAAAUAACACCAAAUUCGAUCGUACCAGGGAUUCCUCUGAGCACAAUAAUUCGAAAGAACGAUGAGCCAUCACUGGAAAGGCCCUUGAUUCGACCUAUUACUCUUGAAAGACAGCAGUUAUUUGCCUUUCCACCAGCUACGCUUGACCGGAAUGCCCUUGGGGGAGGUUUGAUUGAUGCAAUGACGAAGAACCGUCGAGAGUCCACGAACACUGCGCCACGUCUGGAAUCACAAGAUAUUCCCAUCAAACCAGUGCUUUCUAACAAAGGCAGGCCACACUCAGUCGGAAAUGUUCAUAAAUAUGCGACGAAUCAGCUGCCAACGGAAGGUAUCGAUGACGCUGACUUGUUGAAUUCUCGUUCGUCGAUUCUGUCAGAUGCUAUGCAGUUUCUUCAAAAAACAAUGCCUCUGGUGAAACCCGAACGUUUUCCGAUACAAUAUACUGGAAGGUAUUCACAUCCUUAUACAUUUCCAUUACCUGAAGAAGGACAACAUUUUGCAUCAGCCACCAACGGUGCUAAGUCGCUCUCAGGACAUCGUACAUUUUUACCUUUGCGGAAUGACCCACCGAAUUUCCGAGUGAUGCCGAUAAGUCCCAUCAACGAUGUGCAUAGAGGGCUAGACGGUUUCGACACACAUAUCGGCCGCUUCGCAAGCGGCGUUCCGAACAGAAUGCUCAUUUCCACACAAUCGCCGAUACCAAUUAAAGAUGUGGAUCUGAAUGGAACUCCCGUUGUUGGCUCCCUGUUAUCAAAGACAACGCAAUCCGUGACUGGUUCAGAAUUCAGUGUUUACCCGGAUCAUAGGAAAGGAUUAUUCCUUGAAGCGACAAAUCACGCUCGAUUCGAAUCCCAUUUUCCGCAGACCUUCCAUUUGCCACAACGACAAGAAAGCACAAAUCAACCAGCUACUUCCGGAAACAACAUGAUUGCAACAAACCGAGGCAAUGUACUGCUGGAGAACUACCCACCUCCACCCUACGGAAUCGCACCGAGACCAAAACAAACUCAAGGACACGAUCUUUUGGACACCGAUCGUCUAGGCUCUUGGUCGAUGGGUAGAUUCAAUGAAGAAGAACCGAACUAUCCUACUCCAGAACCAUUCAGAGACACCACCACUAUCGUAGCAACGCAUGUCAUCAUUGCGAUGCGAUCGAGACUGGCCACUCCGUCUGUCCAACGUCUUCGCCUCCGUAGCCUCGAGACAGCCAUAUCCAUGGCAUUCGGCACAGUAGAUCGGUGCAGACGGCGUUUUGCCGGACCACGAACCUACGACUUCGUGGAAAGUGUGUUCGGAAGCCUUCUUCAAGUCAAAGAAGCCGAAUUACUAGAGUUCUCGGUGUUCACAAUGCUUAUUCGGUAG